CUGGAAGAAAGGCUGUCAUGCUUGUGUUUUGCUUUGGGUUUUUGUUAUUGUUACAGAACCCGUGGAGAAAAGUGCGACUGUGUCACUCCUGUCUUUUAAUGUUUUCUCGUGCGGCGUGUGAAUCCAGAAUCUGGCUGAGAGUCGUCUCGUUCACAUUGUUUCCGCAGAGGCGUUUUCAGUGAAGGUGCAAAAUAGCCUUCCUUUGAUUUGUGUUGCCAUGGACAAGGAUUGGCAAGUGGAGUUUAGGAACGUGGGCUGCAGUUACUUCCCUCAGAGCAGAGUUGACUGCCACUACACACUGAGCUCCCGGCACAACUGGACCAGCAGUGACUGGAUAGGGCUCUUCAAGGUGGGAUGGUCAACACUGAAGGACUACCAUACAUUUGUUUGGGCACUAGCCCCGACUGACUAUGAAGAGGGCACAGAUGUCAACUGCUGUGUGCAUUUCCAGGCCUCCUACCUACCCAAUCCCAGCUCGCAAGAGUAUGAGUUUAUAUACGUUGAUGCUAAGGGUGAAGUGUGCUCCUGCAGCUCAAAAUUUACUUUCGGUGCACCGACGCCACUUGAGGACCUGGUGACCCUUGAGGAGGAGCCCCAAGAAGAGGAAGCUGGCACAGGCAUGUUGCUGGUCAUACCCAGGGCUGAGCUGCUGCAGAGUCGACUGCAGGAGUGUCUGCGAGAGCGAGCUGAGCUGCUGCAGGUCCAGGAAGAAGCAAACAGGCAAAAGGAGAGAGAAAGGGAGGAACACAAGAGGACAAGAGAGCUCUGGAACAGACAAUGCAAAGAGCUGGAAAGUGUGAUCAUCCGCCUGCAGGAAGAGCUGAGGCACAGUCUAGAGAAGAUCGAGGAGAUGGAGAGGAAGCAAAAGGAGGAGAAGGCUCUCAGAGAAUCACUCGCCCAGGACAAAAAUGCUUUAUUGGAUGUGAGGGAGACGAGUAAAGAGCGAAUCAAAGAGCUGGAGGAGGACAUCAAAACCCUGACACUGAGAAUUGUGGAAAGAGAAACUGAGCUGGAAAGGCUGAAGGAGCGAGCAAAGAGGGCAGGAACUCAGUGGAAAGACGAAGAGAGUGAGAGAAAGAGCCUGCAGACUAAGCUGGAACAGACAGAAGGUGAACUCAGAAGUCUGUCCAAAGAGUUCCAGGGUCUGAGGACCUCGCUGGCCCAAAGAGACACCAGUGUCCUUCAGCUCCAAAACACCAUCACCACCCUCACACAGAAACUCACAACUGCCCACAGGAAAGAGGCGGAGGGUGAGGCCGUACUAAAGGAGAUGCGAAGCCUUCGGGAGCGUCUGAACACUAGUGAGCGUGCUACAGAGGCCUUGAAGAGCGAUCUGAGCACCAUGGUAACGCAGAGGGACCACGGGCAGGCCGAGAUGCAUCAGGCUCGUCUGCAGGCUGCACAGCUCACCCUCCAGCUUGCAGAUUUCAGUCUUGCCAUGAGAGAGGGAAGAGCCCAUUGGGCUCAGGAGAGGCAGAAUCUGCAGCGCAAUGCCGAGAAGGAUCACGAGCAACUAGAGAAACUCAAUACAGAGACGCAGAGGAUGGAGGAGAGGCUGCAGGAGGAGAGGAUGGAGAAAGUAAAGCUGGAGGUUGAACUCGGAAGAGAAAAGGAUUGCAAUCGGGUUCAACUGAGUGAAACACGCAGGGAGCUCCAGGAGCUAAAGGCCAGCCUCAGGGUCGCCCAAAAAGAGAAGGAGCAGCUACUUGCAGAGAAGAAGGAGCUGAUGGACUACAUCUGUCAGCUGGAGCACAAGAUGGGAACAGUCGCCGGUGCCAAGUGGAGCGCUGCCCUGAUCGCCUCUACAGGUCGGCCUGAGAGCGCGUCAUCAGACUCUGAGGAUGAAAAUCCAGAGGCCCUGCAGCCUCUCCGUCCACCCAGACCUCUGGGACACUACAGCCUGUGUGAGCAGGCUCAGCCUGACACCUUGCUCCUUGCCACCCCUCCAACCUCCCUGAGGGAGAUGGAGAGGAGCACAGUGGUCAUCAACCAGCCAGCUCCUCUCUCGUCCCCACACCAGGCCAGCACUGACACUCUCGCACACAGCUCUGAUUCGGAAGAGGAAUCUGACCCACUUCAGUGUGGAACUCACGGCUCUGGAGAGGAGACAGCCCUUCUGCUGCCGGAGCACAUGGACACUGUUCUCAGUGAUCUGGCCGACACUUCCCUCUGGUAACCAGCGGACAGCGGGUGAUCUCGAAAGAGAAGUGGGUCCACGUUACAUCCACAUGACUUCCAUUCACAAGACAAGUCGCUCACCACACUGACAAAAUAUUAAUAUGCAAUUUACGUCAUCAUUUUUUUUUCUUCCCCUCAUAGAGGGGUUUGUGUUAUUGCCCUUACUGUGCCGUUGUUAGGGAUGACAUAACGCGUGUGGUGGCAGGUCAACACCAUGUUUAUGACUGACAUAAGACUGUUGCAUAGUUUGAAACGAUGGGCUUUUAGGCAUGGGCGCUGGCAUUUGAGAGUUCACAGGCUGUAGCAGAAUGAUUUCUGUUGAAUCAUUGCUAUGUCGAGAGCUUUACGAUGGAUGUUAUGUCGUUUUUAUGACAUUUGUGAUUAGGAGUCAUGACAGGCACUGUAAUUAUGUUUUGUGCAGGCCGGGCUCCGCUGAAAAUCAUGGCAAAACUCUCUUCCAGCAUUAAAUUCUCCACAGCAGCUUUGAACACUAUUCAAGGCGACAUAAAGUAAUGAUACAGCAUCAUGCUAAAAUUAUAUUGCAGUAAUGUAGGUCUAUGACAUCAUAUUUCUCCCCCAUUUACUCAGAACUAAGAUUUGAUAUGCACUUUCUUGUACGCAUUAGCAGUUAAUUGUCACGCAGUUGCAGCGGAGGAGAUUUAGUGAUGCGGAAGCGCUUUAAAAAUGGACGGGCGGUUUAAAAUAGCGAGCUUAUGGAACAGAUUGUGUUUAAAGUGGGCCGUGAUAGAUGCCGGACGCACCUUUCUGCUUCAGUGACUUCGUGUCAUCUUUAUUAUAACAUUAAUGCGCAUAAGCUUUUCACUGUAGAUCAGCUACAGUUUUUACUCAUCAAUUAAUGACCCUGUAUCUUGUGUUUCAUAAUUAUUUUUAAAUGAAAAUGCUAAUUUACUCGCUCGUCAUUUGAAUAUUUAGUAUCAGACUUUAUCGGUUUAAUAUAUUGUACAGAGAUCUCACUUUGCCAUCGCACAGUUCUAAAUUUGUGCCUAAAAUAAUGAAAUAAAGAAAAAAAUAUUUACAGGUCUUGACAUCUUGACAUGGUGUUGCUAUCCCCCCCCCCCCCCCCCC